UUUUAAAAUUUAGUCCGCCGAAGGUUCUCGAGGAUUUCCGAGAGCCAACGGGGUGAACCGAGUUUGAACGAGUGGAAAGGGGUAUCCUGAAAUCAGUGGCACGCCGGUCGCUGAAUGGAGCGGGUGUGGAAACGCGUACAAAGCGCUGGACGUCGCGGAACAGCCGGACGUUGUGGCUGUUCCACGCAGCCAUGCCAAUUGCACGUGGAUUCGCGAUUAAAGCGUAGUGAUAACUCCCGGGGUAAAACUCAUGGCCCUCAGACGAUUGUUUGCUCUUGUCAAGUCCAACCUUGUCCUGUUCAUCCUGUGCUGAUCAGGGUACGACGAACGCGGCCUCGGAACAGCUGCGACUGUCCGCCGGAGUCCCAGCCGUGUCUCCACGUUAAUCGACCUUCCUCGCGUAGAGUCAGAAGAUGUGACUGUACUGAACGUCCAUGUCGUCACAGCUCUGCUUCAGGAGUAUUACGACGUCGUCCUCAGGGUUCUUUUUCAUUUCCAUCAGCUCCUAUGCCUCCUAGAAUUCAGAAUUCCACAAAUAUUGACGUAUCCUGCAAAUGUCCUGAGGGAUCGAAUUGUCAGCACUUAGCCGAAAAAGCAGGGUGUGAGUGCGAGGCAACACCGUGUGCUCAUACUAUUAAAUCGAGACGUUCGCGACGCACGUGCGAGUGUACAAAUCAACCGUGUAGUCAUUCAAAGUCUGCGGAAGGACGUAUAAAGCGUGUCAAGUGUCGAGUGAGACGAGCUGGAUAUGCCGUGGCUAGACGUACUGCUGAAUUUGCUAUGCUUGGAUUGCACUGGGAGUUGGCAACAGAAUGUGCACCCUGUGGCUCCGGUGUAUUUACUAGGAGACUGUGUCGUCGUCAGCAGAGUGAUAACGAGUUGUAUCGAAGUAAUAGCUUCAAGUUCGAGAGAUUUGAAAGGAAUAAAGAAGAGUCCUCAACUCCUAUUAAAAAACAGGUUUCACUUUGCGAUGAUUAUAGUCUUCCAGUCGAUUUUGUGAAUAAACAUCACUCUGGAAGUUCCGCAGCUGUAGCAACUACUGUACAAUGGGCUUUACCAAGUCCCAGUGUUGAAAACGCGGAAAUAGAAGUAAUUGAACAGUACAGCGAUCCACGGGACAGCAAAAGCCGAGCUUACGUCGAACCAGGGGCUGAAGUAUCCCUACCAGUUACAUACAGCAAAAUAAAUCGUGACUAUUGCCGACCCUACACAGAUCCUUCAGCAUCAGAUUCUUCUACGAACGAAAACUUCACUGAACGACCUCACCGUCGCAAAUCCAAAAGCCAUUCCCGAGCAUCAACAAUAGGCAAAGAAUCGUUUUCAAACCGUGAAAAGAGUGAAACCAAUGAUGGUGUAACAGUCGAUUGUGUUGCGUUAGUUCACGUCCCCGAUCAUUCUCCCACUGACUCUAACCAACCAGUUCGUCAUCCUUCGCCUUACUACUACGGGGACCUUUUUAAGACUCUCGACCAACAGUCAAAGUCCCAGCUAAAUCAAUACCGAAAGAGCGUAAGUCUCGACGUACCGGGUGAAAAAUCGCGAACCCCAGCACUUCCCAAAAGAAACUCCGUGGCCGGUGACGGCGGAUCCUCUAGUCUUUCAUCUAAUCUUCAACAGCAGCAACCACAACCCCAACAACAACCGAGUCAAGAUUUGGUAAGUUCCGCCGAAAGUGAGCAUGCACUUCAAUCCAAAAGCAACGAGAUACUCUCAUCGUGCAUCAUCACAGAGUGGGACCAUACCUUGAUGCCUCCACAUCGUCUUCUAAGCCACGAUUUACCAACAACAGUGUGUUUGUGCGUUGCUUCUCCUGACGAGGAUGAGUUAGAGACGCCGGUAAAAAUUGCGCGACAUCAGGUGCGCAAGCUAAGACGAACACGUCGAAUAGAACCUCAACAGCCGGUGCUGGUUGAGAACGAGUACGACGGUGAGACUGAAAAACCUGGAGACGAGGCUGACGGCGAAGAAGAAGCUGCUGAUGUUGAAGAAGUUGAAGACGAAGAGAUGGCUAGACAACGGCAUUUAUACGAAACAGCCUUCGACUGCAAGGUCAAUCGUUCCGAUGACGACCUGGAUGAUGUUGACAGAGUCACCAAUCAUCCGGUGCUGCACUCCCAGAUGAGAACAAGCUUAAUCACUGUUCAAUCUAGAGCUAGUUCUUCUACAGAAGCCUCCAAGCUAAACCAAAAUGUCCAUUACGUAACCGUGCCACAGCAGCUUGCUAGCAAAGAACAUCGGCGCAAAGUAGUUCUCCUACGACCUAAGCCAAUACCUAACAGGCUGCAUAAUCCACCAGACAAUAUGUCGAGUUUAUCUCAAGACAUCGAAUCCCUCCAAAUAAACUCCGGAGACGAAAAAAGUUCUUCUCCGAGGAAUCCUGCCCGCGAGUACACUCCAUCGCCUCCAUCCACUGCACCCUUGCCUGUUAAGUUUCGUGGUAAUAAAGACCACCUUCUGUUGAAUAUACGUAGUGCUCCGAACCUUCCCUCACAGCCGGAUCACCCGAGGUUGAAAGAUAUAAGACUGCCGGUCAAGUCAUUAAGGGCCAAAGAAUCUCCGCAGAGCAGCGAAGGCUGUAUUAUCGAGAUUAAAAGUCGACCUAAGAGUUUAAUUCAGGAUAACAACGAGUCUAAUAGUUGUAGGACAGACAAAGAACUUAUUUUGGAAUUCAAAGGCAGGCCGAAGGAAGAAAGACAACGGCCCAGGAGCUUGAUUAGAGAGAGCAGACCUAUCAUGGAGUUUAAGGGUCGGCCACAUGAAGCUGAAGGUGAUUUGCCAAGGCCCAAAAGAGAGUUGGGACUCAUUGAAUUCAAGUUGCGCCAGGCUAGGCGCAGAAUUGGGUACUCUAGCACUGAAAGUAUGGCGACUAGUAGCAGUGGAGGCAGUAUGGAGUCUUUGAGAAGCAGCACCAGUGAAGGCAACAGGUCAACGAGCAGCUCAGAAAGCAGACACAGUACUAGCUUGAGUUCUCACAGCUCUGAUAGUGGCAGCACUAAUUGUUUUCACCAUCAUCACCAUAAUCAUCAACAGCCGGUAUCGGGUUUCCUUACUUACCAUGCGCCCAAGCUUCAUAUUUUGUCUCCGAUUUCUGACAAAUCGUCUCAAGAACCAGUGUCUGAAACCUCGGACAACAACCGGAAUAAUAAUUCUCAAAAAGCUUCGCCUGAAGAAGCUACGACAGAAAAUGUUCUUGUUAAUACCAAUACUAAUACCAACACGAUUACUAAUACGAAUGCGAUUACCAACACUUUGAAUGUAGUCUCUCCAACAGAUACGUCAUUCAAAAAACGACGUGCUCCGCAGAAUAAGAAUUUGAUAAAUUUAGCGAUGCAAUCGUCGUCUUCUGGUGACGCUGAAAUUCAAGGAUCGGAUAGCGGAAUAUCGAUAGAGUCUCGAGCGGGAAUAAAAUGCAAACCCUUUGGAUUUCAUGUCAUCAAGUCACAAAUGGAUAAUAUUAAUUUGGUUGAUAAUGAACCGGACUUAUCGGAUUUGCCGUUUGACAUGCCAAAACUACGCAGGCGGCGGCUUCUUAUGCAACAAGAUGCGACGACAUCUGGCAGCGCGACUAGUGUUGACCUUAGGGAUCUUCCAUUUGAUAUGCCAAAACUUAGAAGGAGGCUGAGAUGCACACAAAGUACUGAAUCCAGUGGUUCUCAAGCUUCUUCCAGUCUUUCUGUGCGGGACGUUGAUUCACUCACUGUUAUAGGCGGCGGCGCGGCGCGUCCAAAGAUGACGCUUAACUUGGACGCAAAUGGUGGCACUGGAGGAGGAAAUGGAGGUCUUCAGUUGGUCAAAAAACCCGGAGGAUUGAGCCUUGGACUCCCACUUGAAUUAACUACCAGCAGAGCAUCCGCUGACCUUGUAGACGUUGAAUUACCGCUUGAAAGACAAGGAUGGUAUCAUGGAUCAAUAACGAGAGUAGAAGCUGAAGCUGUUCUUCGACUUCUCAGAGAAGGAAGUUACCUCGUUAGAAACAGCGAGUCUACCAAGCAAGACUAUUCGUUGUCAUUGAAAAGCGCUCGUGGUUUCAUGCACAUGCGAAUCCAGAAGAACGAAGAUGUAAAUGGUUACAUUCUGGGGCAGUUCAGCAAGCCGUUUGAUAGCAUACCUGAAAUGGUUCGUCACUUCAGCGUCAAUCGUCUUCCCAUUCGAGGCGCUGAACAUAUGUGUCUUUUACAUCCAGUCAUAGCCCAACUUUUGUAGCGCUUCUAUCGAAGCGCCCUCUAAGGCGCUGUACUUUUUUCACCGACAAGGCGAUGUAUUGAAUGAGUCUAAGUUAUUAAUUUGCGAAGGAUUCUUUGUCGAUACUUCAUAAGAAAAUAAGUCGAGACCGGACUUAAAGUUUUUUAAUAAGAGCUUAUUAUUGAAAAUAUUCUUUCGAGAGAAAGAUUACGGUUAAUAUAACCUGUCAGCACUCUCGUAAAUAGUUUGUUCACACUUUUUUAAACCAUUAGUACUUUAAGGACGUUCGAGCGAAUCUAAUGUGAAAAAUAAUUUCCAACAGAGCUUUGAAAUUAAGUAUACGUAUAAAUAAAUACAUCAUUUAUCUAAUCCAAAAAUUUUUAAAAGAUUCAUCGUUUAGUUACUUAGAUAUUAAAUUUCAAAAACCACAUUUUUAUCUCCUUAUAUACGAGUUCUUAUAGCUGACAAACUUUAGUCGAGAUUUUAAUUAUUUUUUUCAAUAUUUACCUUCCAACUUUAACGAAUGAAAAACUAUGCACAAGAAACUUGGAUUAUUGUAAAAUAUAAAAAAAAAAAAAUUUAAUAAUACAUUAUCGAUAUAAUUUUUGAAAUA